AUGAAUAUCUCAAAAUCAAAAAAUUCAGUCCCUUAUGACAAGCCUAUUAAAAGUCCUUAGCCAGACAUAUUAUCCAUGCCAAUGUAACCUUUAAGAAUCGACAUGCUUCUGAACUCAAAAAAUAAAUUGGAAACUCAACAAUCAACUAAAGCAUUAGACAUAAUAAAAUAAAUGCAUCAAAGUAGCACAGGGAAUUUAAGACUUGACACAUCUAUAAACAAAUCUAAAGAACAUAUCUUAAAAAAAACUCCAACCAAAACUACGGCUAGUUUUCAUUAUGAUAAAACUCCUGAUAAUUCUUAAAACAAUUUAUCAUAUAGUCCCCAUACUCAUGCUUGUUUAAAACCUCAGCUCAAAUAAUCAGAAGAUUAAUUAAAUGUCAAAAAUGUCCCUUUACAACAACCCAUUGCCAUAAAAGAACAAUGCGAAAAAAUUGACUAACUUAACAUAUUAUUGAAGGAAUUAAAAUAAUAAUUAACAUAAAAAGAACAAGAAAAUUAAAAAUUAUAAGAAGUUAACAUUCGCUUAAAUUAAGAUAAUCAAAAAUUGUAUUCUUAAACUGAAGAAAUGUUAAAGGAUCUUGAAUUUAUGAGAACUAAUAUCGAACAAUCCAAUAAAGAGUUCAACAAUCUAAAGUAGUAAAAUCAUUAAUUGUUAGAUGAUAUGAAACUCUUAAGAAGUGAAAGAAAUAAAGUGAAUAAUAAUGAAUAAAUUAUCAAUUAAAAAAAUAAAGAAAUAUCUUAAUUAUAAAAUGAAUUAACUGAGCAUAAAUAACUUUUAUAAGCUAAAGACUCAUCUAUUCAACAUUUAAAAUAAUAAUUUGAAAAUUUAGAAUAAUAAUAAUAUGAUAUAAUGAAUAAGUUAGAAUAGAAAUAAGAGGAGUUGUCAAUUAUAAAGUAGUAAUAAUAAUUAAACAUCUAAAAUCAAAGAAAAAGUAAUUAAUUUGAAUCAUUAUCAAGAAGAUCUUCAGUGCAAAAUGAAGUCUUAUUUUAUCAAGCUCAAUAAGAGCAACUUCAAAAAGAGAAAGAAAUAUGUGAAUAAAAAUUAGUUGAAAUGUAAACAGUUAUUAAUUAGUUUUUAUUAAAAGAAAAGAAAGUAAAUUAACCAUCCAGUAAUUCAGCUAUGUAAUAAAAAGAAUUUAACAAAAUGAAAUAAAUUAUUUAAAUCUAAAAGAGAUAAAUUGAGUCCUAAUAGAAAACCAUCAUGAAUCAACAUUAUGAAAUCUAAAAUUUGUAAACUUUAUUGUAUUGUUCUACUGAGUAGGACAGUUAAUUUAAUAAGAAGACUUUUGAUUCAAAUGAUCCGGAUAAAUUUUCCCUCUAAUCUGCAGACAUAUAUCAUAUAUAAGACAAAGAGAAUGACAGAAAAUGUUUUGGUGAUCAUUAAGGAGUACAUCAUAUUACCUUUUAAUAAUAACAAGGAUCAAAAUUUAUUAUGGAGGAUACUUUUAGAAAUUUGGAUAAUGAAUUAAAUUCACACAAUACUUUAACAGAUUGA